GAGCGAGAGAGAGAGAGCCUGCAGGCAGGCUAUAAAUUAAAGAGGUGUUGGAGCAUCAUCAAAUCAGUGGCUCUCUCCUCACCCACUAGCCAGGGACCGAUCACGUGCAGCCAUGGUCCCGCUGCCGGAGACGACGACAGAGGCGGCAGCCGAGGAGGGCAGCAGCAGCAGCAGCAGCAAGAAGUACAAGGAGGAGGAUGGCAGCAGCAGCACGCUGAGCGACGCGUGGGACUACCGCGGUCGUCCGGCGGUCAGGGAGAACUCCGGGGGUUGGUCGAGCGCGGCCAUGAUCCUGGGCGUUGAGCUGAACGAGCGGCUCACCACGCUGGGCAUCGCCGUGAACCUGGUGACGUACCUGACGGGCACGAUGCACCUGGGCAACGCGGCGUCCGCCAACGCCGUCACCAACUUCCUCGGCACCUCCUUCCUCCUCUGCCUCCUCGGCGGCUUCCUCGCCGACACCUUCCUCGGCCGCUACCUCACCAUCGCCAUCUUCACCGCCGUCCAGGCCUCCGGCAUGGCGAUCCUGACGGUGUCGACUGCGGCCCCGGGGCUGCGCCCUGUGGCAUGCGCCGACCCGACGGGCGCGUCCAGAACGUGCGCGGCACCGAGCGGCGCGCAGCUGGGCGUGCUCUACCUGGGCCUCUACCUCACGGCCCUGGGAACCGGCGGGCUCAAGUCGAGCGUGUCGGGGUUCGGCUCCGACCAGUUCGACGAGGCCGAUCCCGUCGAGCGGCGCGUCAUGGCGCGCUUCUUCGGCUGGUUCUUCUUCUUCAUCUCGCUCGGGUCCCUGUUAGCCGUCACGGUGCUCGUCUACGUCCAGGACAACGUCGGCAGGCGCUGGGGAUACGGCAUCUGCGUCGUGGCAGUCCUCGCCGGGCUCGCCGUGUUUCUUGCUGGGACGAGGAGGUACAGGUUCAAGAAGCUUGCGGGGAGCCCGCUGACGCAGAUUGCAGUCGUCACGGCGGCUGCUUGGACGAAGCGCCGGCUGCCGAUGCCGUCUGAUCCGGCGUUGCUUUACGACGUCGAUGAUGCCGCCGGGGAGGAUGUCGUCAAGGGCAAGGGGAUCAAACGGAGGCUGCUGCCUCACUCCAACCAAUACAGGUUCCUCGACCAGGCGGCGAUCGUGGAGCCAUCGCCGGCCUCGGGGAAGAACAAGUGGGCGUGCUGCACGGUGACGGAGGUGGAGGAAGUGAAGCAAGUCGUCCGGAUGCUGCCGACAUGGGCCACAACGAUCCUCUUCUGGACCGUGUACGCCCAGAUGACCACCUUCUCCGUGUCCCAGGCCCAAUCCAUGGGCCGCCGCCUCGGCCCAUUCACGAUCCCUUCAGGCUCCAUGACCGUCUUCUUCGUCGCUUCCAUCCUCCUCACGGUGCCCCUCUACGACCGCCUCGUCGCGCCGCUCGCCCGCCGCCUCACGGGCCACCCGCACGGCCUCACCCCGCUCCAGCGCAUCGCCGCUGGCCUCGCCCUCUCCGCGCUCGCCAUGGCCGCCGCCGCCCUCACCGAGCGCCACCGCCUCCUUUCGUCCUCCAAGAAGCCGCCCUCCGUGUUCCUCCUGGUGCCGCAGUUCCUGCUGGUCGGCGCCGGCGAGGCCUUCGCGUACGUGGGGCAGCUCGACUUCUUCCUCCGGGAGUGCCCCGCCGACAUGAAGACCAUGAGCACCGGCCUCUUCCUCACCACGCUCUCGCUGGGCUUCUUCCUCAGCACGGCCCUCGUCACCGCCGUCCAUGCCGCCACCGGCUCCGGCGGCCGCCCCUGGCUCGCCGACGACAUUGAUCAAGGAAGGCUCGACUACUUCUACUGGCUGCUCGCCGUGCUCAGCGUCCUCAACCUCGCCGUCUUCGUCGCCGCCGCCAGAGGGUACGUGUAUAAGGACAAGCGGCUCGCCGACGCCGGCGUCAAGGUUAACGAUGAUGAAGGCCUCGUCCUCCAUGCGUGAUCCGUGACCCUUUCUGUGAUCCUAGUUUAGCUUCAUUUUUGGCAAUGUACUUGAGGAGCAAAUAAUCAGUAGGGGUAUCAGGUGUUUUAUUAUCAGAUCAGCAGUAGUAGAAGCUUGGUGCUUGAGGGUUUAUUAAGGCACCUCACAUGAAUAAAAGCUUCAUUUCAUAA